AAGUAGUUGACGCAAUGACAGCCUUUGAAAAGAACCUCCACCAGAAAAUUAUUUCUCAGCUGCAUAAUUUUGCUGCUAAUGGAGAUGCAGCCAAACUAAAAGCAUUGCUCAGGCAUUCUCCGUCACUUGUCAAUGCAUCUGCAGAUAAUGGCUGGACAGCCUUGAUGUACGGUGCCAGAAAUGGACAUCUUGAGGUUGUGCAGCUUCUUCUUGAAAAAGGGUGUGACAGGUCCAUUGUUAAUAAAUCAAGGCAGACAGCUCUGGACAUUGCUAAAUUUUGGGGAUACAAGCACAUAGUGAAUUUGUUGGCAGAUGUGAAUGGUGGACAGAGGCCUACUUUUCUGUCAGAUGAAGUGAAGGAAUGUGAAAAUUAUUUUGGUUUAACACUUCUGGACAGAAAAAGUGCUAAAAGAACAGAUUCCAAGUGGCUAAGUGAAAAACAAACCCAUCCAACUACAGUAUACAUCCUCUUCUCAAAUCUAAGUCCUUUGGUUACUUUGAGUGGGGGAAUAGAGGGCUCCCAGCAGCCAGGAGUAAAGCUUUGCAGGCUGUGCCACAAGGAUGUUCAGCAGUACAUAAACCAAAGUGAAGAAAGCACCUUAAUUUUUCUUGGAGUUGAACUUCAAUUACACAUGAAUGUGCUGGAUGCUUGCAAUAGAAGAGGUCUACAAGAUGAAGAGGAUGGGUUAGUUACUUGGUUUGCUCUUAGCAUAGAUUCUGCUUCUGCUGAGAAGUUCAAACAGAAUCAUGAGGAUUGUUAUUUUCUUUACCCACCAAUGCCAGAACUACUUCGGCUUCCUGAAAAAGAAGCUGGAGUGGUAGCCCAGGCUAGGUCUGUUCUAGCAUGGCACAGUCGCUACCGAUUCUGCCCAACAUGUGGGAGUGCAACCAGGAUUGAAGAAGGAGGUUACAAGAAAACCUGCUUAAAAGAAGGUUGUCCCAGCCUUCAAGGUGUUCACAACACAUCAUAUCCAAGAGUUGAUCCUGUUGUGAUAAUGCAAGUCAUCCAUCCAGAUGGGAACCACUGCCUUUUAGGUAGGCAGAAGAGGUUUCCCCCAGGAAUGUUUACCUGUCUUGCUGGAUUUAUUGAACCUGGUGAAACAAUAGAAGAUGCUGUUCGAAGAGAAGUAGAAGAGGAGGCUGGAGUCAAAGUUGGCCAUGUUCAGUAUGUUUCGUGUCAGCCGUGGCCAAUGCCCUCUUCCCUAAUGAUUGGCUGCUUAGCUGUUGCAGUGUCUACAGAAAUUGAAGUUGACAAGAAUGAAAUAGAGGAUGCCCGAUGGUUCACAAGAGAACAGGUUGUGGAAGUUCUUAUUAAAGGAAACCAGCAUUCUUUCUUUGUGCCCGCAAGUCAAGCUAUUGCACACCAGUUGAUAAAACACUGGAUUGGAAUGAAUGCUAAUCUUUAAUUCCAGUAAUUGAUUAUGUUAAAUUACUUCUUCUAGUGAAUUCUAAAUUAGGAAUACAUUGGAAGGAAUUGUAUAUAUAGUAAAUUAAUUUUCUACGUUCUUUUGGUUCCUGGACUAAAUUAU